AUGCCUCAGGCCUACUCUCUUCCUACCAAUUUGUCGCCAGCGACGGUGACGAACACCUCGUCGCUACUGCGCAUCGUCGCCCUUGCUCUCAUUUCUGGGGCAGCCAUUGCUUCGCGGUUGUUUGCUGUCGUAAACUUCGAGAGUAUUAUCCAUGAGUUCGAUCCAUGGUUCAAUUACCGUGCUACCCGGGUUCUGGCUGAGAAGGGGUUUUAUGCAUUCUGGAACUGGUUCGACCAUACCGCGUGGUACCCUCUCGGGCGAGUGGUCGGUGGUACCAUUUACCCCGGCCUUAUGGCCACCAGCGGCGUCAUCUACAACGUCCUUCAUGCGCUCAACCUCCCUGUCGAUAUUCGGAACAUCUGCGUGCUGCUCGCGCCUGGCUUCAGUGCACUCACUGCAUGGUCUACCUACAUGUUUACCAAGGAGAUGAAGGACGAGAGCGCCGGUUUGCUUGCGGCUGCCUUUAUUGGCAUUGCACCGGGCUACAUUUCGCGUUCCGUCGCCGGCUCCUACGACAACGAGGCGAUCGCAAUCUUCCUGCUCAUGUUCACCUUCUUUUGUUGGAUAAAAGCCCUGAAGACCGGAAGCGUGUUGUUCGGGACGCUUUGCGCCCUGUUCUACUUCUACAUGGUAGCCGCAUGGGGUGGAUACGCGUUCAUUACGAACAUGAUCCCGUUGCAUGCACUCUCAUUGAUUCUCAUGGGUCGUUUCACCAAUCGCCUCUACACCGCCUACUCCUCCUGGUACGCUAUUGGUACUCUGGCCAGUAUGCAGGUUCCGUUCGUCGGCUUUCAGCCGGUGCGAACGAGCGAGCAUAUGGCUGCACUUGGCGUUUUCGGCCUCCUGCAAAUUGUCGCGUUCGCUGAGUUGGUCCGAACACACGUGUCGUCCAAGCAGUUCCAGAGCAUUCUGUUUGGGUCGGUCAUUGUGAUUGGCCUCUCGGCGUGUUGGCGAUGGAUCGCGCCUUGGACCGGUCGAUUUUAUUCCCUCUGGGACACAGGCUACGCCAAGAAGUAUAUCCCCAUUAUCGCCUCAGUCUCCGAGCACCAGCCUACCGCAUGGCCAUCAUUCUUCAUGGAUCUGCAAUUCCUCAUCUUCCUCUUUCCCGCUGGCGUCAUCCUCUGUUUCCGCGAGCUGCGCGACGAACAUGUGUUCGUCAUCAUCUACGCUGUCGUCGGCAGCUACUUUGCGGGUGUUAUGGUCCGUCUGAUGCUCACACUAACCCCUGUGGUGUGCGUCGCCGCUGCAGUCGCAUUCUCGUCCCUGCUGGACACGUACAUCGACCCCACUGAGCCGGAAGCCGUAGCGGGGGCGCCUGUAACCGAAGUCGACGCCGAACCCGCCUCCAAGAAGGACAAGGAGAAGAAGAAGACUGCCGCUGUCUCGGAAUCCGGGCUUGCUUCGAGCUUUGCCGCGGCCAUCGACCCUAAGAGCACCAAGGCUCGCGGUAUCUUCGGCCUCGACACUCGCCUGGUCGUUGUCUUCAACGCCCUCGGCAUGCUGUUCUUCUUUGUCAUGCAUUGCACGUACGUUACGUCGUCUGCGUAUUCAUCACCCUCCGUGGUCCUGGCGUCUACGAACCCCGAUGGGAGUCAACACAUCAUCGACGACUUUCGCGAGGCGUACUACUGGCUCCGACAGAAUACGCCCGAAGAUGCGGUUGUUAUGAGUUGGUGGGAUUACGGGUACCAGAUCGCUGGGAUGGCGGACCGGCCGACGCUGGUUGAUAACAACACGUGGAACAACACGCACAUUGCGACCGUCGGAAAGGCCAUGUCUAGCCCUGAGGAGGUCGCCUAUCCGAUCCUUCGCAAGCACGACGUGGACUACGUCCUUGUUAUUUUCGGCGGCCUUCUUGGGUACUCCGGUGAUGACAUCAACAAAUUCCUUUGGAUGGUCCGCAUCGCCCAGGGCGUGUGGCCAGACGAGAUCCAGGAACCGAACUACUUCACCCCCAAGGGUGAAUAUCGGGUCGAUGAACAAGCGUCACCUGCGAUGAAAAACAGCCUCAUGUACAAGAUGUCCUACUAUCGCUUCGCGGAACUGUUCGGUGGCGCCAAUGCUGUCGACCGCGUGCGUAGUCAGCAGAUGCCUAAGACGGGUCCCACGCUCGAUUACCUUGGUGCGUCGCUAUUUCCGAUUGGACACCAUGUCCGGAUCUACCAGGUGAAGAAGGAGGACCCACUUGGGCGUGACCUGAAGAGCGCCAACGCGUUCGAGGCAGGCAAGAAGCGGAAGAAGUCCAAGCCCAUGGUUCGGAGAAAAGCGGUGGUCUAG